ACUUGAUGUUGACCUUGUCUCUGUCUUUCACGUCUUUGACUGUGUCUGUCCUACAGCGAGAGGACGAAGAGCUUUAAAUUGUUGAGCGCCAUAGUAAUAGUAUGAUAUCACCGCUAUUUGGAACAUGAGCUUUACCUUGUCCUUAAGCGCUAUAAAAAUACAGCUUAUAUCACUCCUAUUUUGAUUGUAUACACAAAAAAGAGUGCUGUGACGAGAUCCUGGACGAGGGCAGACAACAAGAUGAGAGCAACGCACUCUGUUGGCCAGAAUGGUAAUGAGCUGAUCAAUAUCGUGAAAUGGCUCAAGGAUCUCAAAAAAGAGGCGCGCCGAGAUCAGGAGCCACAAGGUUACCAGGAUCAAGAUCACACCAUUCGAACGGCCAACAGGUUCACACCAUAGGGAUCACCAUAGGGGUGACCACUCUGGGACUGGAAUACCAUCGGGAUCGAGGUCAUCAAACUGAAUAGACUUGCCUAGCGAAGGGGAUACGGUUCCCGACUUGACU